GCGACAAGCACCUCUGACCCGACCGCCUUCGCACCGGAGCCUCGAUCAACUGCCAUCUUGAUCCGCAGGCUUUCCCGUACAAUCAGUCGCGAAGCUCUCAACAGCAUGCUCAUCUUUGCUGGCGACUUGCUGGAUACCACUCUGGUGCAGUCACCGUAUGCCGAAGACAUCGGCUUCGCGACAGCGUUCGCGCGCUUCCGGUCCGAAGCUGGCGCGUUCGACGCUCAGCAAAAGCUCCACGGCAAGCCGAAUACCACAAAGGAGGCGAGCAUGAUAGUGGAGGUCCACAACGCGGGCAGGGCUGCAUCUUUCGAGAGGCGCAACACUAUCGACGGCCUUGCCAAUCGUACCCAGAACAGCUCCACAUCAUCCGGUGGCUCUGUGGGUGGGCCCCCUUCUGGCCGUGCUCGAUUCGGAAGCUCUUUUCAGUCCGAGGGCGUGUCACCGCCCGUUCCAACACCGGGAUCGGGCGGCAGCGGAGACUUCCCGGUACCUGAGACAAGCCCACACUUCCAGAAACUGUUCUCACCGCAGUCGCCUUUGACGAACGGUGUUCACCACGACCACCGUAUUUCCGGCAAGGCAACGAUCAAUGACGACUCGGUGGAUGAUGAGACUGGCCAGCUCCUGAAUGAUCCAGUUGGGUACGCUCGUAACGGUCCGCAAGCAUUUCUACCGACUACGAACCCGGAUGUGCUUUCUUCAAGAUUUGGAAGCUUGUCCUUGUUAACGACCAACGGCAAUGCGGGCGGUUUCGGCUCGCCAUCCCCUGCCGCAUUCACUUCGUCCCGGAAUGUCGAGCCAGCGAUGUCACCAACAGCACUAAGUGGAGGCGAGCAGAAUGGUACGCAUUCCUCGACGAAUACGAGGAUGCAGUACCCGCCAGUCAACCCUGCAGACCAGAACCCGCCAUGCAAUACUCUCUACGUCGGCAAUUUGCCCAUCAACACUUCCGAGGACGAGCUGAAGGCCAUCUUCUCAAGGCAGCGCGGAUACAAGCGGCUGUGCUUCCGCACCAAGCAGAACGGACCGAUGUGUUUUGUGGAGUUUGAGGACGUCGGGUUCGCCACUCGUGCGCUGAACGACCUCUACGGCUUCGUCCUCUCGAACAGUGUCAAGGGAGGCAUCCGACUGAGCUUCUCCAAGAACCCACUCGGCGUGCGCACCGGCCAAACCGGGAUGGGACAGUACGGCAGCUCUGCAUCUCAGAACAUGCCACCGGGGCUGCAGGGCGCGGCGAACGGCCACAGCUUCAGCGCGGUAUCUGGCCCUCCGCCAGGCCUUGCUUCGCCGCCGGGCCUCGCGAACAGCCAACCCUACCGCUCGGCGCCA